AUGAUAUAUAAGGAGAUAUUAUCCUUUCAUCCUAAGAUAGCAAUAAGAGACAGAAAUUUAUUAAGGGCAAGAGGGCUGCCGCUGCAGCAGCUGCUGCCUCUGCUGCCGCAGCAAAUAUCUUAUCAUUUGCUGCAGGUAGAGGAAGAAGAGCAGCAAAGGGAGGAAAUCCAUAUGCUACAGCAGCAGCAACAGCAGCAGCAGCAACAACAACAACAGCAGCAGCAGCAGCAGCAACAGCAGAAGCAGCAACAACAGCAACAACAACAUAUUCUCCAACAACAAUUGCAGCAGCAAUUGCAGCAACAACUGCAGCAGCAACUGCAACAUCAUCAGAGGGAGCAGCAGCAGCAGCAUAUACUUAUUCAGCAGCAACUGCAGCAACAGUUGCAGCAGCAACAUGGUAGAGUGCAACAGCAGCAACAGCAGCAGCAGCAAGAUCAGCAGCAAAUUAAUCCAUUAGCUCAUAGAUCUUGCUGCAGUGCACCAGCAGCAACAGCAGAUGCUACCUCCUUAGAGAUGGUGCAGCAACAGCAGCAGCAGCAGCAGCGGAUAGCAACAACAACUGCAGCAGCAAUGCCAGCGUCAGCUGCUGCAGCAUCAGCAGCAGCAGGAUCUGCUGCUGCUGCUGCUGCUGCUGCUGUUGAAAGUAAUAGGCUUGCUGCUCUUCGUAGAUUAAAUCCUGUUGCUGCUUCCUUAGGGCCGGCUCUGCAUGCACUGCAGCAGCAGCAGCAACAGCAGCAACAGCAACUCCUUGACAGCCUGCAUGCAGGCAGCUGUCUUGCUCAUCAACAGUUGCUGCAGCAACAUAGGCAAGCGUUGCUGCUGCAGCAAGGUCCUUACUGCUCGCUGCAGCAGCAGACGCAGCAGCAGAGGUUAAAUGCAGCAGCAGCUGCUGCUGCUGCUGCUGCAGCAGCAGCUGCAGCAGGGGUUCCUCAGAGACACUCUAUAGGGGUCGUCAGCGAGACUGCUGCUGCACUGCAGCAGCAGCAGCAGCAAAACGGUCCUUGUGUUACUACUGCCCCUGCUAUUCCCCUGCAGCACCAACGCCAUCUGCAGCAGCAGCAGCAGCAGCAGCAGCACUUCUCCCCACAGAUGUACUUGGGUAUGCCUGUACCUCAUGACGCUACUAAGAGAGCAACAGCAACUGCUGCUGCUGCUGCUGCUGUGCAUAACAGCAGCGUAUGCUCCCCAGUGCAGCACCAGCUGUCUGAGAUGCUGCAGCAGCAGCAGCAGCAACUGCAGCAGCAGCUGGCGAACAGUUGCUGCGCGGGGAGUUUCUGUGGGGAUAAGUGCCGCUGUGUUGCUGCAGCAGCAGCAGCAGCAGAUAGCGACGCCCCUGCAGCACCAAGCAGCAGCAGCAGCAUGGGUCUACGUCAGCAAACAAGCAGCAGCACUGCAGCAACAGCAGCAGAUGUUGCUUCGUUGCUGAAUUGGCCAUCUUCUGCUACUAGCUGCAGCGCCAACAACAGCAACACUAACAGCAGCAGCAGCAGCAGCAGCAGCAGCACCGACAGCAGCUGCUGCGCAUCGGGGUGGGCAGCACCAGGCAGCCGCAACAGCACAAGGUCUUCCUUUGGUGGUGAUGCUGCCUUUGGUGGUAGCGAGCCUUACCCUCAGCAGCAGCAGCAGCAGCAGAAGCAACAGCAGCAGCAUCAACAACAGCAGCAGUUGCUGCUGCUGCAGCAGCAACUGCAGAAGCAGCAGCAGCUCGCGCUGCUUCAUAGAGUUAUGCAGCAGCAAAUGGCAAGACAGCAGCAGCUAAUUGAGCAGCAAAGGAUGCGAUUUAGUAAGCAGCAGCUGCAGGCAACCUCAGCAGCAGCAGCACAGCAGCAGCAGCAGCAGCAACAACAGCUAUUACUGCAGCAGCAACUGCAACAACGACUACAGCAGCAGAGGAUGCAGCAGCAGCAGCGCAUGCAGCAGCAAGGUACACGACUGCGCUCUGCUCCUGACUACACAGAAACAGUAGCAGAUCCAAAUGCAGCAGCAGCAGCUGCUGCUGCUGUUGCUGCAGCAGCAGCAAACAGUCGGUGGGUGCUGCCAGGGACUCAGCAGCAGCAGAAGCAGCAGCAGCAGCAACAGCAGCAACGCUAUGCAUCUUAA